AAAAAGCCGGCGUACUGCUGCGAACCAUGAACAGGAUCAUCACAGUGCACACUUGGGACCCUCUCUCGAGUCCUCUCCUCCGAACUUCAAUCCACUCUCUGGCAUUAAUUAUCCUCCAAUUCCGCCUCCUGAGUCUUCUCCUCCUCCGAAUCACAAUCCACUCUCUUGAAUUGUUACAAUUUGCCAGUUAUAGACCCCUCCCAACUCCGCAUCAACAACCGUCACUGUCCACGAUGCCACAGGCGCAAAGCAUCGCCCUUGCUGAAUGGGACCGUCGUCGCCCCGAAAUCACAAAGCUCUACAUGGGACCCAACAACAUGGCUCUGAAGGAUAUCAUGUCCUUCAUGGCAGACCACUACGAUUUUCGCCCUAGCAAAUACCAGUACGAAACGAUGCUGAAAGAGUGGGGUCUACGCAAGAAUCUCACUCGUCCUGAGUGGGAAGUCAUCAACUACAAGACGAAAAAGCGGAAGGCCGACGACAAAGAGAGUUCUGUGUAUCUGCAUGGCUCCCUCAUCCCAGUGAAGAGAGUUAAGAAGGAACUUGGUCGCCAUUUCCCUCCACAGCGAUGGCAUGCCACAGUUCCGAGUCCCAAAACUCCCGUUGGAAUCAUUGUUCGAACGCCGGGAACACCCACAGGCGCAACACCCGGAACACCUGCAGCUCCAACCCCAGGUACACCUAGAGCCGUAGGAGCCGUUCAGACUCGGGAAAGUUCAGGGACCCCUACAGCAGGCACAACUAGGGCAGCUCUAACCCCAGAAUAUCCGCGAACUUACUUUCUCCGGUUGGACAACCUCCCUUGGUUCCAGUUUCGACACCAACUUAAGGCUCAGAUCGACCUUAAUGACAAUUGGGCCGCUCAGUUGCUUGAUAGAGAUCCUCAACUUCGCCAGCCAUCCGAAGGCCUUCCUAUUUUGCGAGGUACAGGUUAUCCGGGCGCUUCGUCAGCUUCGGGUUCAUCAACACAAGCGAUUCAGCCCGGGGCUGGUGGCAGCACAAAAGCACUGGAAACCACGUCCUUGUUUUCAGACCUUGUCCUAUCGCCGUUGUCACGGGGAAGCGUCGAGUUUGUUCCGGCCGUACAUUCCCGCUUACAAGCCAUUUCGUUGGAGCUGUUGGAGGGGGAGCAACUCUCCAGUAUCCAGACUUUACUCGGCCCCGUCAAUAACAACUCCCUGUCCGAGUUUCUCAAGUAUGCGGCCUAUCUCGCAUCCAACAAUAUGCUACGUCCAAUAAAAUGCGAUCAAAUUCUCAAGUGGUUUGCUGAGAAUAGCAACCACUCGGCUCUUACGACUCUGUUCUCAGCAAAGCUGCAGUUACCAACCAUUGACGCCUUUGCAAGGUGUCUCUUCGAAGGUACUCUCAGAACUCAAAACGCGGAAGUUUUGCGGAUCCUACUGAAGGCCGGCGUGGAUCCAAAUUCUCCCACUUCCAUAAUGGAUGGGUUUACCCCUCUCCAGGUAGUGGUUUCAGGAAGGGACGAGACACUCGUCCAGACCCUGUUGGACGCAGGUGCGGACAUCAACGCUCUUUCGACCGGCAGGAUUGGAGUGAGUGCACUACACAUCGCACUUGCCAGACCUGACGUCGAUAUGGUUAAGAUGUUGUUGCACGCGGGUGCAGACGUUAAUGUCGCUGAACGCGUCCACUGCAACAGAACCGUGCUUCAAGUAGCUGCAGAGACUGGAGAUGUCGCGCUAGUUAAAUUCUUACUACGCGAGGGUGCGGACGUCAAUGCUGCCGCCGCUAAUAGCCAGAGAAAUAACAAUCUAUCUGCUGGAUCUACAGCACUCCAAUUUGCGGCUGGUUAUGAUGAGCGGCCCAGUUUGCAUUUCGCCAAGUUGCUCCUAGACGCAGGUGCCAACAUCAAUGCCCCGCCUUACUGGGCACCGGAAGAGAUCUGGUUUGAGGAUUGCGAAGAAGAAGAAGAAGGCUAUGGCAUAACUGCUCUGCAAGGCGCAGCUGGCUACGGCAAUAUUGAAUUAAUUCAAAUACUGUUGGACGCAGGCGCUGAUGUUAAUGCCCCACCUGCCGCCGGCCCAUGGGGUGGAAUGACCGCUCUGCAAAUUGCUGCGUCUAGAGGUAUGAUUGAAUCGGUUCGACUAUUACUUUCCGCAGGAGCGAAUGUCAAUGCACCGGCGACCAGCAACCGAUUGACCGGACGAACUGCUCUACAGGCCGCAGCUGAAGUUGGCAACCUUGCGAUCGCUCAAUUGCUACUAGAAGCAGGCGCGAAUAUCAACGCUCCUGGCUAUCCCGCACUCUCUUUUGCAUUUAAGUCAAGUAACAGCCUCCUUCUCGUGCCGACUCUGUUGGAUGCUGGGGCAGAUGUCAACGGUUAUGGAUGUUCCCCACUCUUAUUGGCAAUUCAGUCAAAGCAGUGCAAGCAGCUCGUACCGAUUCUAUUAGAUGCCGGGGCAGAUAUCAACAGAUUCUCUCACACAAACUUCGAUACCGGGGGCAGAAUAUCUCCUCUUAUUGCAGCAGCGACAGAAGGCGACAUUCGCCUCGUUGAACUCUUAUUAGCUAUGGGUGCGGACGUCAAUGCUGCUUUUGAAAUAACUGCUCUCGAAAUGGCGAUUUCUAGGGGACACCUGGAAAUAAUCGAAGUCUUGUUGAGUGCCGGAGCAUUCCCCAACACUGUAUCCGCCCAUGGCACGGUUCUUGAUGGUCCCGUUAUAGGGGAUGACGUCGAGCUGGUUAAGAUACUACUUUCUCGCGGGGUAAAUGUCAACCAAUACUUUCCUCAAGACAGUAGCUCGGACGUUGCGUGGGUUUCCAAUGCACUCCCGCUCACUGCGAUAAGUGGAAACCUGGUUAUGGCCCAACUCCUGUUAGAUGCCGGCGCUGCUGUCGAUGCCAGCUUGAUGGAUUACAAAGAGGUUACAUACAAGGACCCGGACGAUGAGCUUGGAAGAACAGCACUCUUGAGUGCUAUUGGGGAGGGCGAGGACGAACUGACUGCCCUGCUUCUACGGGCUGGCGCAAAUGUGAAUGCGAGGCCUCAACCCUUCGGGGGACGGACUGCGCUUCAGGCGGCGGCCAAACGCGGCAACAUGGAACUCGUUCAAACGUUAUUGGAUAUGGGAGCAAAAGUCAAUGACCCAGCCCACGCCGAUAGUGGGAGAACCGCACUCCAAGCAGCAUCCAUCGAAGGCCACAUCGACCUCGUACGAUUUCUUUUGGAAGUCGGCGCAGACCCCAACGCCGCCGGCGCGGAAUCACGUGGGGUCACAGCACUUCAAGGUGCUGCUAUUCAGGGACACCUCGGAAUAGCACUCAUACUGAUCGAAGCCGACGCUGACCCGAACGCGCCGUCGGCAAAGUUUCACGGAAGAACGGCCCUCGAGGGUGCGGCAGAAAACGGACGUCUGGACAUGCUGCAGCUUCUGCUUAACGCCGGUGCCGACAUCGGAGGGAACUAUCCCGAAAGGGCAAGGGAUCUUGCUCUGAAGAAUGGCCAUGCCGUCGUCGCUAAGGUGCUGGAGAAAUUCUGUUGAGUGGAGCUACUCGUCUGUAGUGGGCGAGAUUGCGGGUUUUGGGAGUCUUCGAGAGAGAGUUGCAGUCAUGUCAGGGUAUCGGUUUUGUUUUUGUUUUUUGAGAUACGAUUGCAGGUUUUGGUUAUCGCUGGCCGGAUUCUCGGAAGGGCAGUUGCGGCAAUGUCAGGGUACCGGUUUUUGGUGUUUGAUUUUUUGGGAUCACAUUGCAGGUUUUGGUUGGAGGGCGAAGCAGAAUCGCGGGCUCGGGUCUUGGAGGAGGUUUACGGUCAUGUAAAGGCAUUGGAAUUGGGUUCUCGUUUUAUUACCGGGUGGAAGCUAGACUGUUGGUGAAUGUUAUUUGAAAUUUUGUAGCCGUCCGUGAGGAUUCCUGCGCAUAAUCUGGACUUCUGAGGACUGGAAAG